UUUGAAGAGCAAUAUAGUCAUCGGGUUAGCUUUACCCUUUUCCCGUGCUCUCUCGCACGAUUGCAUUGCAAAAAAAGAAAGAGGGAAAAGAAACCGGAAAACGCUGCAUUCGGCACAAGCAGGAAAACGCUCCACCCCGCCAGUGAAGCAUCUUGACAGGUGCGCAUUGUCCGUCGGUGCGCAUCAUCUUGGGAUCCGUGCGUGUGUGCGAGCGGAGAAGCAGCUGCGAAAAGGGCAACAACAGCAACAACGGACACUAGAGGCAGCGUGAGCAAAAAAAGAACGAGUAAAACGUGCGUGUGUAGAGUGUGUGUGGUCGUAAAAAUUUUCACCACAUUCCGAGCAGGCGAGAACGUUCCGGAUGUAUUCUGCACGGGAUCGGGCGGAAGCAGUGACAGCAGCAGCAGCAGCAGCAUCAAACCACGGCCCAUGGUGACGCUCAGGAGAGGCAAGGCGGCCGUGCUCGCAAAUCAUUCUGAUUCGGUGUCUGACAGCUUCCCGUUUUUGCACCGCUGCCGCAGUGUGUGGGAAAAAAGAGCCACUUGUUUAGGCUUCCCGCGAGCGCUUUCCACCUUCCGCCGCAGAUCGCAGUAGACGUUUCCCCACUUUUCUCCUCGUUGCUCGGAGUGUUUGGUCCGUUUUAGUUGCCUCCCUUUCCCCGCGGUUUCCGUUUCGUGUUUGUUUCGUGCGGCGUUACGUUGCCUGAGCCAUCGGUCCGUCCGGAAAUCCCAACAAUCCGGGCCGCCACGAGGGCUGUGAACGGUGGGAAGAAAGGAUCGGAAAAGUACCAAAACCAGCAGCAGCAGCAGCAGCAGCAUCGGCAGCAUUAGCACAGUUGCAUAAGCCUCGAGGACCAAUCCCUACAAUUCUUUUUGUUCUCGUCGAAGCCCUGCGCUCACCACCUCCGUAAUCCUUCGGUGGAGGCAGAAUAUUAUUAUUGUUCCGUGGCUCUCCGACCUACGUGAGGGGGAGGGAUUGCAGAAUAAUCGCGAAAUACGGUGCGAGUGCGCGAAGGCAAGUAACGAAAGACAGGCAGGGAAGAGAGUUUGCUAAGACAAAAACAAUAGUGCGCGAGUGCAAACGAGAUAGAGUGCGCGCGAGCGAGAGAGCGAUUGAAGAAUAGAGAGAGAGAGAGAGAGAGAGAGAGAGAGAGAGAGAGAGAGAGAGGGAGCCGAAAGAUUGAGAGCAAAAGAGUGAGAAGAGAGCAAUCGGUUCAUUGUGGUGCGCGUGUGUGUGUGUGUGUGAGUUUGUGCGCGAGUGUGCAGUGUUAGAACAGGCGAGAGCAAUAAUACGGGUGUGUAUCGGAGGAGUGUAUUGAGGAAAGGGGCGGGUGCGUGCGUGUGCGUGCGUGCGUGCGUGCGGUAAGCUAGUGUGCAGUGAUUCCGGCAAGCGACGGCAGACGUUACAGCAAGCAGACAAGCGAUGAACAUAAAACCCGACACGAACCGACACGUACUGACGAUACAGGCGAAGAAGAAGCGUCAUAAGACGGCGAAGAAGAAGGCGAAACAGCAGGCGACGGCAGUGGUGGCGGCGGCAGCAGCGCAGGCGGCGGCGCAGGCAGCGGCGCAGAACAGCAAUAGUUACAGCAGGAGCGGCCAGAAUCACCAGUCGGCCGCAACGGCGGGCUCCAUUGGCGGUGGUGCCUUCGUGGGCGGCGGGUCAGAACUGCACGAGCACGACGACGACGACGACCAUGACGACAUGAUCCUGGGCACGACGUCGGGCGCAGCAGCGGCGGGCAUGACUGGCGGCGGUGGCGGCGUUGGUGGUGGAUCGGCGAUGAACGACAGUCAGCAUUCGGUAUCGUCGGGCGGGCCGGCGGAGCUGGUCGGGCGGCGCGGUUCCAAGUCGGCGGGCCAGUCGCAUCACCACCUGGACACGACCACCAGCUCGUCGAACGAGACGAUCGAGCAGGAUGGGGACCGGGACGCGGACGGCUACACCAGCGAGGAGGAGGAGCAGGAGUGCCGGGAAGACUACUGCCGCGGCGGCUACCAUCCGGUGAAGCUGGGCGACCUGUUCCUGCAGCGCUACCACGUGAUCCGGAAGCUGGGCUGGGGCCACUUCUCGACCGUGUGGCUCAGCUGGGACCUGGAGGAGAAGCGGUACGUGGCGCUGAAGAUCGUCAAGUCGGCGCAGCACUUCAGCGACACGGCCAAGGACGAGAUACACAUCCUGAAGUCGAUCACGAACGCGGACCCGGCCGACCCGAAGCGGAACAAGGUGGUGCAGCUGCUGAACGACUUCCGGAUAACGGGCGUGAACGGCACGCACAUCUGCAUGGUGUUCGAGGUGCUCGGGCACAAUCUGCUGAAGCUGAUCAUGAAGUCGAACUACCGGGGCAUCCCGCUGGCGAACGUCAAGUCCAUCAUCCGGCAGGUGCUGGAGGGGCUGGACUACCUGCACACCAAGUGCAAGAUCAUCCACACCGACAUCAAGCCGGAGAACGUGCUGGUGUGCGUGAACGAGAGCUACGUGCGUAAGCUGGCCUGCGAGGCGACGGAGAUGCACGCGAUGGGCUGCAAGCUGCCGAUCUCGCUCAUCUCGGCCGCGCCGCCCCAGUUCCAGGAGCAGCCGAUGAGCCAGAACAUGAGCAAGGCGAAGAAGAAGAAGCUGAAGCGAAAGGCGAAGAUGCAGCACGAACUGAUCCGGCAGCAGAUGGAGCACAUCCAGCAGCUCGAGUUUGGCGCCCCGGUGGCGGUCGAUGGCGCCUCCUCCGGCAGUGGCGGGCCGGCGGCCGGUCUGCCGCUGGAAAAUGGAACUGCGGAGGGAGUGGAGUCCGGCAAGCCGUUGUUGGCACUGGCCGCGGAAGGUGCUGGUGGCGGUGGUGCGACACUGAAGGGUGGUGUUACGACUGCGGGCAGCAACACAGCCGCGGGUACGGGUACGCCUAACUCGCCGCUGGAAAGGAAAGAGGCGGGCGGAGAGGCGCGGCGAUUGCUAGUGAAUGGUACGGCAGAGGCAACGACUACUGCUGGUGGUAAAGAGUGUGUCGCGGAGGCCGGUACGCCUUCGUCGGGCGAUGAGGAUCGGCCAACCCUGACGCCGUCCGCAUCGACGCUUUCCAGCCCAUCGAGCAGCGAGGCGGCCUCGUCGAACAACAAUGACGACGUGCCGGGCGACCGGAAAUCGCCCACGGCCCGCGUGCACGACGGGGACGAGCGGCGGGAGCGCGACGCGAAAUCGCCCGAGAAGCCUUCCUCCUCGUCGCUCGUCACGUCGUCGUCCAAGCUGGACAUCAGCGAGUCGGUGCGGAAGAUACUGUCGUCGGUGCAGGAAAGCAAGGAUGCGGCGUUCGAGGUGUGCGACAUCGACGUGAAGAUAGCCGACCUGGGCAACGCGUGCUGGGUGGAUAAACACUUCACCGAGGACAUCCAGACGCGCCAGUACCGGUCGCUGGAGGUCAUCAUCGGCGCCGGGUACGACACGUCGGCGGACAUCUGGAGUACGGCCUGCAUGGCGUUCGAGCUGGCCACCGGCGACUACCUGUUCGAGCCGUUCUCGGGCAAGGACUACUGCCGGGACGACGACCACAUCGCGCACAUCAUUGAGCUGCUCGGGCCCAUCCCGAAGCGGAUCGCGCUGUCCGGCAAGAACUCGAGCCACGCGUUCAACUCGAAGGGCCUGCUGAAGAACAUCUCCGGCCUGAAGCCGUGGGGCCUGGUGGACGUGCUGAUCGAGAAGUACGAAUGGUCGGACGAGGACGCGUUCGAGUUUAGCGACUUCCUCAAGCCGAUGCUGGACUACGAUCCGCGAACGCGUGCCACCGCCGCCGACUGUUUGCGCCAUUCGUGGCUGAACCACUGAGCCGCACCGCCGGUGCCCAUCGCUGGUGUGCGGUGAGCUGCGGGUAAAUGCAGUCGCCAAACCUACUACAUGACCCAGUGUGUAAGCCAGUGUGUUGAGGAGGAUGAGAAAGAGAGUGCCGUCGACGUCACUUCCGCUUCCCCUGCCAGUGGCCUGUUCGCUUCUUCUGGUUUGAAUCGAUUCGUGUUUUUUUUUGGCUGAAUUCGUGCGUACGGCAGCUCGUGCAAACUGCAAGCUGCAAAAGAGUGUGUUGUGAUGGCAGCGAUGCAAACGGGCAAACCUGGUGCAAGAGUGUAGGAUGCUGAGAUGUAGCUAAAGCUAAAUACCGUAUUUUGGGGGGAAGUGUUGAGUAUGUGCGCAAUGUCUAAACAUGCCAGCAUGUGUGAGCAGUGAUGGUAAAACAAAAUUGGCAAAAGCAAAUGAGGGGAAAUCAAAUCGUCUUGUGCGUAGUAGCGGAAAGCAAACAGCGAAAAGCUCAAAGGUAGUAGUAGAGUGCGUGGUGUGUGGAAGUGUGGAAUGCAAGCUGCAAGCUGGUGCAGUACGUGUGCGUGUCUGGUGUGUACGGUGACCAUUGAAUUAUUGGGCAACAAUGCAAAAGAAAGAAUAACCUCCCCGUGCCGCUCUCUCGUGCGGGCAAGAAAGGCGCCCCAUUGCAACAAAUCAACCGUUCGGUCAGCAAGAAAGAAACAAUCGAAUCGGGUUGAUUUGUGAAGAUGAUUGUGCUUGUGUGAAAAACAAAUGUAAUGAAAGUAAUAAACAGCUAAGAAGCACUUGACCCAUAAUGCUGUGUAGUACUGUGGAGCAGCGGGCCACAGCUGGCCGUGAGCGUCGGGGCAGCCUGGUGGCGAUGGAAUUUGUAAUAUAGUAGCGGAGACGGAAGCUCUGAAAUGCAGUUUAAUGUAGGAAUAAUAUCCCAAUAUCCCCGCAUGAAACGAUCAGCUUUACAAGUUAGAACAAUAGAAGGAAAAUAAGGAAAAACUAAAACAUCAAUGUGCCGUGUGUGCCCUCCCUUCAACUCCCUCCUCCCCCCCAGUUAGUGAACCUACAGGCGGAACUGGAACAAAGGAAGUGUGAAUAGUGUGAAGUGAAAAAAAAGAACACAAGCUCGAACUCCUCUGCAUCACCACAAUCAUCAUCUCAGCAAUAGACGGUCAGAUCAGGCAUGAAAAGGGGGCGCGAAAUCAAAGAUGCAGGUGCAAAAGAGAAAAGGGUGGGUAAGAGCGGCAAAGCGUAUCAGAGCGAGGGAAAGAGCGGAGCUUAUUCGUUUGAAGCCAGACACUGGAACUGUUGCGUUACUCAGCGAUAGAAGCGAUAGCCCGUGUACAAAUCGAACGGGCGGAACCAGGUAGUGCAACGUUUUAAGAAAAUUCUAGGGAAUAAUUCUAGUUGCUAGAGGAGAGGAGCAGAAGGCAGUAGUAUCUUACACAUGAUUAUUAUUAUUAUUAUUAUUAUCAUUAUUAUUAUUAUAAUUAUUAUUAUGAUUAAUAUAUUAACCGUACAUUAGGCAUCUUUUUAAAUACACCAGCACACACACACACACAUGCAUAAGCGAAACAAUAGUGGCAGUUUAACUGAUGAAGAGAAAAAAAACUGAUGGUCACGUGUGUCCGAUCCGCUUUGCAUUGGAAUCCUUCUUCUCAUCCUUGCAAGUAGCCCCCGUUAAGAAGUUUUAGGUACAGCGAACGAAGGAAAAAAAACCAAUGUACUAUAUGCCGUCACUGCGGACCGUUUAACCAGCGCAUGUCAUCUUUCAUUGUUAAUUACCAUCCCAUUUGAAAAAAAGAACGUAUCUCGACACACACCAGCAUCAUGCGAUGCUCACGUAUAACCAAAAGAAACCUCUCUCCCUGUCUACGGAAAACUGCAGCAUGAAACUGUGUGCGCGCCGAGCGACGGGCACACAGCGUCGAGCGAAUAUUGGGAGCAAUAUACCAGGCGCCGCAUUUUGUACCGCGUUUACACAUGCAACAUAAUACGCACAUACCGCUCGAAGAAGCGGCAUGGUUUGGCGGUGUGGAUUUUUUUCCCCUCCUACUUCGACGACGAUCCGAUCACGUAGUAGUAGUCCGUCCGUUUAGCGAGGGAGUACGACAGACACACGCGACACACCCAGACACAGACGCAGACAGCGAGGAACUUUACAAGAGCGAACAAAUCUGCUGUCAACUAGCUGUAGGACUUUCGCAAUGAUCUCAAGCGCGAUUAGAAUUAUCGUAACCUAGCAAGAAGAGGGGCACGGUCUUGCGCUGACGUCGGUGGUGGAAUGCUGGUGGAAUGCAUACGUGUAGAAAUUCUGUCCUGCGUUUUUUUUUCUCUCAUCCAACUUCUUACCUCACACCGUGUGGUGUUCGCGGGAUUGAAGGUUGCAGGAAAAAACGGCCUGGCACUGAUGCAUGUGUUCGGUGGCAUGAUAGUACGGUUACAGGAGCUUGUGAAGGAUAAUCACCUGGGUGUGUGGUAGCUUGUGUAUCGCCCAGAUAUGGAGUUUUCUUCUUCUGUUUUGUAAUCUCCGCGAUAUUCACUCCUUACAUUGCACCAAAAUCCCUCUCUUCCAAAAAAAGGGUGCGCCUUCAGGUAGCGCUGUACAGCGCAAAGAAUAAUCUGCAUUUCUCCCGUAGUGUUUUCGUAUGGCUCUGAUGAAGGCUAAUCAAAUAAGUAACGGCCGACCACUGUAUGCAACCAGAGGAAAGAAAGUUUCACAUGCAUAACCGAUAGGAGAGAUUCGUGUAGUGUGAGCUCUAUAAUCCAGCAAGUAGCUCUAGCAAUUUAGAUAGAGUAAAUACUUACAGAGUUAGUCUCUCUGUCCCUCCUGAAAUUUCGGCAUACGGUUGUGCAUCUCUACUGCAUUGCGAUUCAGGGUGAUAUGUUAUGUUUUAUAUCAAAAUAAACUAUCUUUCAAGCCUACAUUUGGGAUUGUAACUGAGACUACGAACAUAUUGUGGAAAUAUUUCAAACACCUCCAGUUAGAAUCAUCAAAACUCAUCAGGGGUAUCCCGGAACACAUUUUCCAAUCGCGUCCAUUCAUCUGAAAAGCAAGCGUACUAAAACAACGAUUUCAGUCGAUUUCCUAAAACUGCCAGGGAGGGAUUUCCAGUGCACGAUUACUCAGCGGAAGGUUCUAUGAACGCAUGCAAAAUUCGUUCAAAAUAGAAGUUUCAAACUGUAGUAGUGUAAAUAAUGUGAGAUCAAUCAAGAAAUAAAAAGAAAAUCGUAUUGAAAACGCAAACUACAGCAAAGGAUUGACUUCAAAAGACUUCGUUCAUAACAGCAUCCGCAUUCAUUUAGCAAGCAGCUACUAAUUACAUUCGUAAAUUAAUUACACAUGCAAUCUGGAUCGCUUUUUCUCAUCUACUGGCUAUUUGUGACUUACCGAUCCUACCUAAUAACAAUUUUGCUGCUAAGAGAUACGGCCAGCCCGUCAUCGGCAACCAUCCCUCUUCUGGAACACUGUGUUUCCCUCCUUUUCCAUACCCACGACCAGGGGCCAACGUUUCGAUCAAGAGACGGUUUUGAUAUUGUUACCAAUGCACGAUUUCAUAAUAAGGGAACGUCCAUGCAUUACGUAACGUAAUCAUUUAACGGCGUGUAACGCAAAAGUAAACCCGUUAAGGAUGGUCUUUUCACACAUGGAUGCAUAUGCUGGUAACAAGAUUAGUGGACGCGAUUAAACCUAUCCAGUUGUUUGAGCAGAUUGUUUUGCUUUAACAUAUCAUCAAUGGCAUCAUGAGCUCACAAUCCAAAUGUUUCAAGGCAGACAUUUUCAUUCUAAACCCAUCUUCAUAACGUUUUGUAAUAGCUUAAAAACAAUGAAACACGUGUUUUUGAUUUACGUAGAAACACAAGCUCCGUUGAUAUGUUUUUUUCGCAUCAACUUCAUUACUCGUUUCUUAUGGUAUUUAAUAGUUUGAUCCAAUAAAAACGGAGUCUUAAUAACUGAUUAGUUUUCAAUUUCGGAGUGAAAUUCCUGUCCCUUGAGUAACGCUCUGUAACGCUGAAAGCGUAACCUUCGUUUCCCCGGGAGUGUUGCGUAGUUAAUGGAAGACUUCUUACAGCAAAUAAUGGUUGAGUUGCAGUAGUGGAGGUUAUUGAGUAUUAAGGCUGAUUAACCAUUAGAAUUCAUUAAUUUGCAUAGGUAGUGUCAUCAUGCUUUAAGAAACGAAUUUUGCUUUCGGUUCCCAAAUCCAUCAGUUGCACCCUUCAGUUGAUGCUAGAACUACAAAUAAUAAUUUUGUAUUUAAUUUGCAUGUUAUAGGAUACGAAUUUUGCUCAAUCGCUUAUUUUUUGGUGAUAUGACAUUUUUGUUUGUUUAUGAGGACCUUCAUCAAGAACAAAUCUUAGAUACGAAAUUUGUUUUUGACACAGUGGCAUGGAAUCUCUCUUGAAAGCCACUCUUUUUUUUUGGGACAAGAAAAGGAAAUGGUACAGAUCAGUCUUUAACUAUCAACAGUAAGGAAAGCGAAUCUUGUCAAUCGCGCUAUCAAAGAUAGUAGUUUAAACCAGUGUGUAUUGUGUGUCAUUCAAAGCAAAACAAACAACAAACAACAGCAUCCUUACGCACAUCAUAUCCACAUCGCAUAGAACGUGAAAAGGAACAAUACAAAUCAUUGUUAAAAUUUAUUACCCUGUAAAAUGUAGCUUGUAAUUAACAUGUAAAUGUUAUGACCAAACACCCUACCACCCCACACACACACACACAGGCCGAGCGCGUAACGUCAUUAUCCGGUUGCUGUAUCAAUAUUGUGAAGGAUAACCGCAAAGGACUCAUUAUAGAAGACGCUCGAAAUAAUCGUUGACCAUAGAUUUCAAUAAUAUUUGUAGCCUAAAAUGUUAAACAACCCAGACAACAACAUUUUGUGUUUCACUGAUUAACGAAAACGCUCUACAAACAAACAGAGAAAUAGAUAGUUUGAUGCACAAUAAACCAGCAAAUUUUGUGCAUCAAACGAUCUAUUUCUCUGUUCACCGAACAAUCUGUUGGCAUACACAUUUUCAUUUACCAUCAACAAACUCCUAUCUACUGCAUGUGUUUCAGUGCCAACACUCACACAGACAGACAGACGGGCACAGUGUACGGCACAACAUAAAUCCCCUUGCCUGUGUCACAUAAUCGCGGGGGGCUUCUGUGUUAAUGUCUAGAAAGCGAAUUGGCCACAGGAUGCCGACAGGAAAGGAACUAUGAACAAUUAAGUAAUUUAUACAAACAAACAAGAAAUCCUAGUGAGUUAAUAAAAAAAAAUACACACAGCAGAAAAUAAGGUUGGAAGCUAUGAAGUGUGUGUAGCACGGAAACACUUUGUAAUUUUGAUAAAUAUUUCAAUGUCCGGAGGAGCAUAAUAAAAGUCUGGCUCUAUAUAUAUAAAUAUAUAUGUUGGACAACUAGCAAAGUGAGCGUAAGUUGAAAAAAUAUACAAACAUAUUGAAACAACCAACCAACUGCUGUCCCCCCCGCAACAGUAAGUUGUGCCGUAGCAUUUGUGUGCUGAACGAGCGAAAGCAAGAGGAUUGAAGAAGAUAGAGUUGUAUGUUAAAAAUGGUACAGAAUAUGGAAAUCUAGUUGUUACACAAUAAUCUGUACAAUUCAAUACAAGGAAGGAGAGUUCGGAACAAAUGUGAAGGCUAGAAAGGAAUAGGAAUUAAUAAAGAAAAGAAAAAAAAACAGUGCGAUCCAACUCUGAAUUCGAAUAAGGAGAGGUUGAAAUAGGGACACAUCUUAGUUGUUUAGUUUGUAUCAUUUUUUAAACCAUCAUUAAGUAAUUGUAAUUGUACGAGCGUUUCACAACAGGAUGUACAUGUACACAUACAAAAAUCACACACACAUUAUUACACACACCCCCCUACGGAACUCACCUCUCUCACACAUGCUCACAAAAAAAGGCACACGGACCGUGUGCGUAUUACACCAUCGCAUAGCAAUGAUCACAUAAUGAAGUUAGUUUUAUUAAAUCUUCCCCGGUCCCCCUCCCACGUUGUCCCAUAUCUUGAUCGCGAAAUGAUGGGUGUAGGGUGAGGUUGAAUUGUUUGACGAUCGCUUAAAACUAGAACGUGAAAAACGGGGCGCGCUCAGUGUGGUUUAGUGCAAAACACUGGGGUGGAAAGAUGCUAGAAAGAUGGAUUAUGGUAGGCGCCAGUGCGCACGAAAAAAAAAAAUAAGGUGAAUCGUGCGAGAAACUACAGAAAGACAGAGAAGCAAAGGAUAGAAACACUUGUGCGCGCAGGCAGGCAGGCAGUCAGGCAGGAGGGCAGACAGAGGCAGGAAGGGCUGACAAAAACGGUAAACCCGCGUGAGAGGAGACACAUACCGAAAAUAAAAUAAGAAACCGCCGCGUGACGAUCAAUUCGCGCGCAGACAACUGAA